AUGAGACACCUUUCUGACCAGGCCCAUCCUGCUUUCCACACAGGAUCAGAUGAUCUGAGGAUAGUCCUUCUGGGUAAUGCAAAAGUAGGAAAGAGUGCUACAGCUAAUGUUAUAUUAGGACGAGAGACAUUCAGAGAGACUGAAACUACAGAGUGUGAGCUCCAGAGAGGAAGAGUGGACGACAGGAACGUCUCCAUCAUCGACACUCCAGGAAUCAACAGCGCCACCCUCAGUUCAGAACAGCUGAAGACUGAAAUGAGGAGAUUAUUCUCUCUGUCUGAUCCUGGUCCUCAUGUGUUCCUGCUGCUGAUCAGAGUCGGGAACUUUACAGAAGAUCAGAGGAGCACUGUGGAGUGGAUUCAGGAGAACUUUGGAGAAGAAGCUCUGAAAUUCACCAUGCUGCUCUUCACUGGACGAGAGGAAAUGACCGGCUCACAGUGGAAAACAUUUUCUGAGGAAACAAAUGUCCAAGAAUUUACGAAAGAAUUUGGAGGGGGAUAUGCUGUGAUAAACAGCAAGAAAGAGAUUAAUUCCAUCCAGAAAACCAAACUUCUGGAGAAGAUAGAAGAAGUGAUUAAACAGAACAAAGGACAGCAUUUCACAGAUAAAAUAUAUAAAGCUAUUCAAAAACGUAAUGCAGAAGAAGCAGACAGACAUGAUGAAGAACGUACCCAAGAUAACAUCAACACAACAACAGGAGAAGGAACACAACAAACAAUGGCUACUUUCAACACUGUCAAGGGCAGUGAAGCAGAGAUGAAGGAAGAGAAGGCAGCUGAAGAUGAAAUGAAGGGAAAACAUGUCAGGAAAGAAGAGUCAUUUAGAUCACCAUCUAAAGCAAACAGCGAAAAAGAGAGACUCAAACAAGAUCUCAAGAGACAACAGGAGAGUCGGAGAUUGACUGAAAAAGAGAAAUGGGAGAAAGAGAGGGCAUCAACUGAAGGACAUCCUGAGCCUGGUGAGUCUGCUGAUGUUAUGUUGAUGUACACCACUGUUAAAAGGUUUUAUAUUAUUGUGAUAAUGAUAUAUUAUAUAUUGUUAAUGACAGGGCUGUGGAUUCAGUUUCACAAGUAUGAAUACUACGGUCUUCAUAUGGUCCUAACUCCAUUGGAGUGUGUUUCAGUGUCUGAUGUGAGGAUUGUUUUGAUUGGAAGACCUCGAUCAGGAAAGAGCGCAACUGGAAACACCAUCCUGGGAAGAGAAGCUUUUGGGAAGGACUUGAUUAAUGUUCCCAACACUGUCAAAGUGUGUAAAAGACAGGAUGGCACAGUGGGAAACAAAUCUGUUUCUGUGGUUGAUACCAAGCUAAAGAGACACAAUUUAACUCUCCUUUUCAAAGGUUAUAAUCUUGAUUUGAUGCUUUCAGAUUCUGAAUUUGUCCAGUGCUUGCAACUCUGUUCCCCUGGACCUCACGUGUUCCUCCUUGUGGGACGGGAUCUUUGGAGGGUACUUAGAACAUUGGAUUUAGAGUAUAAGUUCGGGGAGGAGUUUCUGAAGCGCAGCAUAGUCCUGAUCACUCAUGGAGACAAACAUGGAAAAGUUAAAAAGGAGGACUUCAGUUGGGGCUUGCAGCAUCUUGUGGACCGCUGUGGAGGAGGGUAUCAAAUAUUCAACAAUGAGGAACAAGAAGAUCGUACUCAGGUUACAGAACUGCUGGAGAAGAUAGAAACCCUGAUAGAAAAGAAUGAAGGAAAACCCUACGCUAAUGAGAUGUACCAGGCCCAUAGACAGAGAAUGCAAGAAGAAAGUUCCAGCUGUUCUGUGUUAUAAAUGCUAUAAUUUACUUGAUCUGAUCUAUUUGGGAAAAGCCAAAUUUAUAAAAAAUAUUUUAAAUUUGAUUUAGGUGGACCCUUAACAGCAUAUGCAAAUAAUAUAAACAGCCAUUAUUUCCCAAAUGUGCCUAUUCAGCACAUGACUUCUGAAUCCAACUUCAACCAGCACAGAUAUGCUGAUAAAAAUAAAAAAACGCCACACAAUACGGAGAAAAGUAUUGCUCAUUCAUUGUUUCUUCUGAAACCCAGCCUAUGAACGAGAGUAUGUUUUUACAUUUACCUUCCAGAGAAGACUUUCUACUAGAUUCUGGAACAUUGUUGAGAGCAGCAUUAAGCUGUUCAUACACUAUGAAAGGAAAUGACUCUGUAAAGACUUUAAACAGACUGAAUUCUGACUCCCUCUCACAUCUAAAGACUUGCCACAGACUUUUUACUCACAGGCUAAGAUUUUGUAAGGACUGGGGAUCUUACAGGGUCACUAACUGCAAGACUGCAACUUGAUUCUUUCUGAGAUUAUUUCCCAUGCUUCUGGUGGAGUUUACAUAAAAUAUAUAUUACAUAUCAAAUUACAAAUUAUGUGUUUAUCAAUACUGUGAUUUAUCAGAGACUC